AUGCAGGUUCUCGGAUGGACCGUAGUUCUCAUCUGCCAGUGGAUCCUACGGAAGGUCCAAGGGUUGGAGAAGCGCGUGGAUUUCUCAGACCUGGGCCCCGUAGGGUCGGUGAUGAAGACUCUUCCAUAUGGCAUGGGUGGAGGCACGGCAGGAGGAACGACAGGAGGGGUGGUUAAACCUCCCUACCAAACACGCAUCUUCUCCACUUCCAUUGACCAGACACCCAUGAAAUCCAAGCCUCCCACCUACAGUUUCUUCAACCCAUACGACACCACCCGGAACCAAUCGCUGCUCCUGGACCAGACAGGAUACCGCUCCAAACGCAAGCCCUCGCUUAAGACUGCUAUGAAGACCAAGAAGAUCUUCGGUUGGGGGGACUUCUACUUCAAUGUCAAGACCAUGAAGUUCAGCUUGUUGGUGACGGGGAAGAUCGUGGACCACAUCAAUGGGACGUUCACCGUCUACUUCCGCCACAACUCAUCCAGCCUGGGUAACGUGUCAGUGAGCAUAGUGCCGCCGACUAAAGUGGUGGAGUUUGAAGUCCUCCAACAACAGCAGCAGCUUCACCCCCACACCCAGCAGGAGGUCCAGCUGCAGGAGACCCAUCAGUCCACCAUCGACCCCAAAGAGUCAAAGACCUUUAACUGUCGGGUGGAGUACGAGAAAACCAACAGGUCCAAGAAGCCCAAACCCUGCCAGUACGAUCCGUCUCAGACCUGCUUCACGGAGCACACCCAGUCUCACGCCGCUUGGCUGUGCGCCAAACCCUUCAAGGUCAUCUGCAUCUUCAUCUCUUUCUUUAGCAUCGACUACAAGCUGGUUCAAAAAGUGUGUCCGGACUAUAACUUCCAAAGCGAGCACCCUUACUUUGGAUAA